GAGAUUGGCUGAAACAAAACCUGGCAUACACAUGGUCUCGAGAUUCGAGUUUGAGAACAGUUACAUUAUUCUAAGACAGGGGGAGACCAAUUCCUUUCCUGCUUGCUUGGCCGUGUCAUGCAGCGUUUGCCAGUGGCUGGCCGAGCGCUGGCUUGGGUGGUACAGUCAAAGGGUGGCGUGGCUCUCACCUGUAAUGUCCGCACAGCUGCCACAGCUGCCCGAGCUGCCAGCAACCUGCUGGAGGUGUUUGUGGAUGGGAAACCUGUCAUGGUGGAGCCAGGCUUGUGAGAAGGUUGGGGUGCAGAUACCCCGCUUCUGUUACCACGAGCGCCUGUCUGUGGCAGGGAACUGCCGCAUGUGUCUGGUGGAGAUUGAGACGUCACCCAAGCCCGUGGCUGCUUGUGCCAUGCCUGUGAUGAAAGGCUGGAACAUUCUGACCAACUCUGAGAAAACCAGGAAGGCCAGAGAAGGCGUGAUGGAAUUCCUGCUGGCCAAUCAUCCUCUGGACUGCCCAAUCUGUGACCAAGGUGGAGAGUGUGACCUGCAGGACCAGUCCAUGAUGUUCGGCAGCGACAGGAGCCGCUUCACUGGGGACAAGAGAGCUGUGGAGGACAAGAACAUCGGCCCGCUCGUCAAGACCAUAAUGACUCGCUGCAUCCACUGCACUCGCUGCAUCCGCUUUGCCACUGAGAUUGCGGGUGUGGAAGACCUGGGCACCACUGGCAGGGGUAAUGGCAUGCUGGUGGGCACCUACGUGGAAAAAAUGUUCAUGUCUGAGCUGUCAGGGAAUGUGAUUGACAUCUGUCCCGUGGGAGCACUGACCUCAAAGCCUUACGCCUUCACCGCUCGCCCCUGGGAGACCAGGGAGACUGAAUCCAUUGACGUGCUGGACGCAGUGGGCAGCAACAUUGUGGUCAGCACGCUGGGUGGGGAGGUCAUGAGGAUCCUGCCACGCCUUAACGAGGAUGUGAAUGAGGAGUGGAUCUCUGACAAGACCAGGUUUGCGUAUGACGGAUUGAAGCGGCAGAGACUCACGCAGCCCAUGGUGAAAGGCGCCUCAGGGCAGCUGACGCCCAGUUCCUGGGAGGACGCCCUGACGCGGGUCGCUGGAGCGCUCCAGGGGGCGCAGGGGAAGGACAUAGCCGCCAUCGCCGGGGGUCUGGUGGAUGCCGAGGCCCUCAUCUCCCUAAAGGACCUGCUGAACCGGCUCAACAGCGACAGCCUCUGCACCGAGGAGCUCUUCCCCAUGGCUGGGGCUGGUGCUGACCUGCGCUCAAACUACCUGCUGAACACGCGCAUCAGCGGCAUCGAGGAGGCCGACCUGCUGCUGCUGGUGGGGACCAAUCCGCGGUACGAGGCGCCGCUCUUCAACGCACGCAUCAGGAAGAGCUGGCUCCACAAUGAACUGCAGGUGGCGCUGGUUGGGCGGGAAGUGGACCUGAGCUACAGCUAUGAGCAUCUUGGGGAGUCUGCGCAGGUGCUGCAGGAGAUUGCAUCUGGGACACACCCCUUCAGCAAGGCGCUGGCUCAGGCCGAGCGGCCGGUGGUGGUGGUGGGCAGCGCGUGUCUGCAGCGUGAGGACAGAGCCGCACUGCACUCGACCGUGGCGGCCAUCGCGCACAGCGCCCGCAGCAGCAGCGGGGCGGGGGACACCUGGAAGGUUCUGAACGUGCUGCACAGGGCGGCCAGCCAGGUGGCAGCGCUGGAUUUGGGCUAUAGGCCCGGGGUGGACACCGUCCGCGGGAACCCGCCCAAGGUGCUGUUCCUGCUGGGGGCCGACGCUGGCUGUGUGGCCCGCCAGGACCUGCCAAAGGACAGCCUGGUCAUCUACCAAGGGCACCAUGGAGACACUGGGGCAAUCAUGGCGGACAUCAUCCUGCCUGGCGCAGCGUACACAGAGAAGUGUGGCACCUACGUCAACACGGAGGGCCGUGCCCAGCAGACCAGGGUGGCAGUGACGGCACCGGAUAUGGCCAGGGAGGACUGGAAAAUAAUUAGAGCCAUUUCAGAGCUGGCUGGAGUGACACUGCCCUAUGACACCGUGGAUGAGGUGCGUGAUCGGAUGGCGGAGGUGUCACCAAACCUGGUGCGUUACGAUGAUGUGGAAGAGGCCAGUUUCUUCAAACAGGCUAAGGAGUUGUCCAAGACUGUGAAACAGGCCCUCUUGGCCGAGCCUCUGAUCCCACCACAGCUCACAGUGAAAGACUUCUACAUGACAGAUCCCAUCAGCAGGGCCUCCCAGACCAUGGCCAAGUGUGUGAAAGCUGUGACCGAAGGAGCCCGGGCUGUGGAGGAGCCGUCCAUCUGCUGAAGUCCUGCACCUGCCCAUCCAUAUACACAUAUUAGAUGGGCCUGCAGUCCUGUGUGUGUGUACUCCUCAGGUGGGCCUGCAGUCCUGUCUGUGCGCACACUUCAGAUGGGCCUGCAGUCCUGUCUGUGCGCACACUUCAGAUGGGCCUACAUUCCUGUCUGUGUACACAUAUUAGAUGGGCCUGCAGUCCUGUGGGUGUACACAUAGAAAUAGGCCUUUAUUCUUGCCUGGAUACAGCCAGAUAGGCCUACAAUCCCAUUCAUAUAAAACCAGACAUUGGUCUAUAAUGUUGUCUUUAUAUGCCCAGAAACAAACUCAUAACCCUGUCUGUGGCAGCCAGAGGCAGGUCUAAAGUACUGUCUGUAUUCGUGGUAUAGUCCUAAAGACUUUUAUUUUCAGUUUAUUGUCAGUUUAUUGUUCAUCACUGCACCACCACAUGCUCGUCUAACUUUACCUAUGAAUAUAAUGCACCCUGGUCUGACAGACACAUUCACCUAUUGAGUGGCAUCCAUGGUGUAUCAUGGCUUACUAUCCAGUUUAAUUCCAACCUUAUACCAGAGGUAUUAACCAAAGCUUCUCCAAAUACAAUUUAUUUAUUUUAGCACUUCCCUGAAAUGUUGGAAAUGUGCAUUUUCAUAUGUUACAGUUCAAGAGAACAGCUCUAUAGGUGAAAAGUUCAAAUGCCUUAACAAAACAAAAUCGCACUGCAAUACGUUUGGAACAAGGCUUUUAAAUGAUGUUAAGGAGCAACAACAGCAUACUUGUCUGUUAUAGGCAGCAACACAGUUGUAAAUUGAAGACCUGGAAUUACAUCUCUGCAGUUUCUUAAUCAAGUUGCUGUUUUGUAAGAAUUGUACAUGUGUGUACAUUAUUGUAUGUUUAUUGAACAUAUUAAGUUGGCUGAUAUAAAAUUGACUGAUUGUUCCAAGAGUUGUCAUACAGAUAUAAAUUACUAAAAAUAUCGGA